UUUAACAUAUGUGCAUUCGAAAAAAAUUGACAGCGGCUACACAUAGCUAUACAUAGCGGCUAGAUUUAACACUAAAUGUCGUGCAUACGAAACAUAGUUGGAUGGUAUUAUAUACGAAAAGGGUAUGAAUUGGUAGAUAAUUACAAGGUUUUAAACCAGAAGCACCUUGGACGCCUGAGCAUCUCUCCGUAGACUAAAACUUGUCUGCAGGUGUUCCCCUACACUUUUCAAUGCACUAGAUUCCAACUUGCAGUUGACAAUAUGACAUCUGCCAUAUAUAAGACUGCAGCCAUGUGCCAAAGGUUUGUUUCCAUUGCAAGAACCGCUAAAUUAAUCAGCAAUUUUCAUAGUAUUUCAUGCCAACCUAAAAGAAAUGUUAUUCUUGAAAUAUCCUACUGCCAAAAACGCUACAAAGCUAAACGUAUGCGAGAAUCUAACAUACUCUGGGGUUAUGAAGACCGCAAGAUGAAUCGAAAAAGGGAAUUUGAUGCUGAGGACGAAAGAACAACAUUAGAACUAAUCUCUGAUGGAGUAGAGAUCAUUCGAAAAGGGAUUCCAGAGUUCAAGAAAGAGUGGAAAGAGAGGUUUUUGUGUGAUUUUCAAGGACAUAUGGAUCAUGGUGAUUUUAGAUAUUUUGCAAAGUUUAAUGAAGAAACUGUAAAGAAGUGGAUAUGUACAGCUGAUAGGGAUGUGGAAGAUGGGAAGAGUCAUGCUGAGUUUACACUGAGUGAACACAAAAAGGGACUUUUUCGAGGAAUUCUGAACACUGAUGUACCCAAGGAUGGUGUCUCCAAGACAGCGGGCUUCUGUAAUAUAAGUUCUCCAGUAAAAACAAUAUCAUUUGGUCGAGUAGUCCCAUAUGAUUUCACUGGCUACACUGACCUACAUUUGCGUGUCCGUGGCGAUGGCCGUAACUACAUGGUGAUUCUACAGAUGCAGCGUAUUUGGGAUCACCUUUUUUACGACAUGUACAACUAUCCCCUCUACACGCAUGGUGGACCGUACUGGCAAAAUGUUGUGAUACCGUUCUCAAAGUUCGUCCUAGCUGCUGCGGGGCGUGUUCAGAAUAAACAGGAACAUGUAGGGCUACGUGGGGUACGUGACAUACGUGACAUCGGCAUCACGGUAGCAGACGAUGUGCCGGGACCCUUUAAACUGGAGAUUGACUAUAUAGCUGUAGUCAGAGACGAGAACUCUAGGGGGAGUUCAGACUUUGAUAUGGAAUUGUAUGCUACACAUAAGUAUGACAUAUAAAGACGGCUUGUGCAUUUACAA